AACAUUAACGCCGCCAAACAACAGAUAAGUCUUUGAUAUUCUUGCUCAUGUAACUGGAAGCGAACUUUGGCAAAAAUUUAAUAACUUUCAAUAAAAAGUAAUAUUUAAAUAUGUUAAAUAUUCGAAAAACGAAAGAGCUAUUCCUUAGAGGUGUGACUUCACGUUUCUUGGCAGGCAUAAGAAACUAUAGCCGCGACUACGAUUCCUCCGAUGAUGAAAAAGAUCACAAGAAAUCUAAGACAAAAAAGCCAAAAGCACCUGACGCUACAACCCCUACGGCGGAGGAAUCUGCCUCUUCCAAGUUGAAUCGCCUGUUGGCUUCCAUGCAAACCGAUGAUCAGCUGAGUUUGAAUAAAAAUAUUGAUGUUGUGCCUCGUCCCGGCGAAGCUAAUAAGAAAAAGAAGUUGCAAUUGAAACAACAAGCUGAAUCCAAAGAUAUUUUUAGCGCUGCGAAACGUGUGGCAUCCAUGCUGGGUGAAGAAAACAAACAACAAACCGAGUCUGAAUUAUUAACUAAACUUUUGGGCAAAAAGAUAACAGCACCUGCAGACUCUGAAAAGUCGCCGACGUCAGAGACUUCUGCUUCGGAAGCGGACAUUAGUUUGAGUGAGUUGAUAGUGGGCAUGAAAAUUGAUCGCCGCCAAUCUUCAAAAGACUCCCCACCUUCACGUAGUGAAUAUGUUCGCCGUUCAAUUGCUGCCAAAGGUAGUCAAAAGCAACAAUAUCGUAAAGAUGGCUUCAGUGAAAGGCGACCCAUGCAACGUAGCCGCGAGGCUGCCACCUAUACUGGUAGUGUCAAUCUAUUUGGUGGCGAACCUUUAGGCAUAUUUACUGAUAUCACACAUCUUAAGGAUUCCACUGACUUGUUACCCACUUGGGGACAUCUUCAUGAGCAAUCGCUAAAAAUACAGGUUAGCCAUCCACCCUCAAACUAUUACGAAAAAUUGGCUUUGUGGACGGAACAGGGUAAGGUAUGGCGAUUCCCCAUUGACAACGAACAGGACUGGUUGGAUGAAAAGGACGUGGAUUUUUCGGAACACAUUUUCUUGGAACAACAUUUGGAAGGCUGGUGUCCCAAUCGCGGUCCCAUAAGGCAUUUCAUGGAGUUGGUAUGCGUGGGUCUGUCUAAAAAUCCUUUUAUUACAGCUAGGGAAAAGAAGGAGCACAUCCUUUGGUAUCGCGAUUAUUUUGAAGCUAAAAAGGAUAUUCUAAAAGAUCUUAUGGCUGAAGAGAAGAAGCAGAAGAAAAAUGUUAAAGUUAAACCACAAGUGGAGGCCUAAAAUUAAAUGCUAAGUUUUUGUUUUUGUAACAUGAGUCGAAAAGGAAAAUUUUAACGAUUGUAGAAGAAGCCAACAACUAUUAAAAAAAUGUAAUAUACAAUACAAUUUCAAAUUUGUGAAUUUUUAA